AUGGAAGAAGAGGAAAACAUGUCGCCACCGUUUUGGCUCCAAGCCUCCAAUUCUUUCCGGCAGUCCAACCAUCGCAGCAGCCGCCUCGGCCGCUCUGCCUCCUCCGUUUUUUUCAGCUCCGGUGCCUUCGUUUUCGCCUUGAUCGUCAUAGCUCUGGUAUUCAUUUUCUUCGUAAUCCCAUCACUCUUGUCCUUCACUUCUCAAAUUUUUAGACCCCAUUUGGUAAAAAAAAGUUGGGAUUCUCUCAACCUCGUCCUCGUACUCUUCGCAAUUGUUUGCGGAUUUCUCAGCAGAAACAGUGGCAACGACAACAAUGUUAGCAGUCCCAUGUCGUACGAUGUUUCUUCUCCGCAGAAAUUUGAGAAGUCAAACCCAUCAACCCCACGUCAGUGGUACGAUCAGUAUUCAGAUCGGAGUCGGACGGUCGAUAAUCAGAGCAGUGGUGCUACUAGCACGAUGGACAGAGGAGUGAGGACCAGCAGCUCGUACCCGGAUCUGCGUCAACAGGAACCUUCAUGGAAUGUGGUUAGGGACGAACGGUGGCGAUCCCACGACGAUACCCAUGUGGCCGGUUAUCGGAUUCCGGAUUCGGAUCCGCAGCAUCAGCUCCACCGCCGUCACCGGUCGUGGCAUGAAGAACCGGCAGAGGUUGUAGCACAAGAAGAACCGGCAGAGGUUCUAGCACAGGAAGAACCGGCAGAGGUUCUAGCACAGGAAGAACCGGCAGAGGUUCAAGCACGAGUAGGAUGUGUACUACGGACCAAGAAUAUACCAGUAAACACUUUUGUGAUCCCUGCGGAGCAAGUUAGUUCUUCACACGCACAGAUUCAGGUUAUUCAACCCGAUCCUCUUAGUUCUUCACACGCACAGAUUCAGGUUAUUCAAUCCGAUCCUCUUAGUUCUUCACACGCACAGAUUCAGGUUAUUCAAUCCUAUUCUCCGCCACCAUCGCCGCCGAGGACAAAAUCUCCGCCACCUCCGCCGCCGCCGCGCAAGACAAAGAGGACGUACCAAGCUAUUGGAGAAAAAGAAAACUCGAAUGCUAGCGACAAUUUGGAAGUGGAGAAUAAUUUGCCCCCACCGCCUCUCCAAGCCCCGCCUUCUCCGCUGUUAGCUCCGCCAUCAUCGCCACCGCAGAUGUCGAAGGAGGUUGAGAACAAGAAAACGCCAGCUGGGAAACAUGCGAAGAAGAAGGGAGUUGCUACCACUAAAGAGUUCUUGAUCACGUCAUUAAGGAGGAGUAGGAAGAAGCAGAGACAAAAGAGUGUCGAAAAUUUCGAGACUCUCCUCGCUUCUGCCUCUUCGGCUCCUUCGUCUUUACUUCCGCCGCCCUCACCGCCGCCUCCUCCCCCACCGCUACCACCACCUUCGGUUUUUCACAACUUGUUUUCUUCAAAGAAAUCCAACAAACCCAAGAAAACUAUUCACCCAAUUCCACAACCGCCGUCGCCACCACCGCUGCCACGGAUCAAUUCCACAGGGAGAUUAUCCCAAAUCAGGCCCACGAUGACAACCCAAAAGCCGCUCCCUCCAGUUAAGGUGACCAGUUUCAUCAACAGAGAUGAUGAGAAUGCGAACAGUGGCGGGGAGUCGCCAUCGGUUGGAAUACCGCCGCCGCCGCCGCCGCCGCUACCGCCAUUUAGUAUACCGGUUAUGAAAUACGCAGAGCAUGGGGACUUUGUGAGGAUCAAAAGCAACGACAGUUCACGCAGCGGCUCACCUGAUUUGGACGACAGUGAUCAGGAUUCAGUUCCAUCACCGACCAUGGAAGCUGGUAGUAAAACUCCAUCGGAGAGCGGAGAGUCGCCGACAAAAGCUAUGUUCUGUCCGAGCCCGGAUGUGAACACCAAAGCUGACACCUUCAUUGCAAGGUUCAGAGCUGGUUUGAAGUUGGAGAAGAUGAACUCUGUAAGGGGAAGGUCCAAUCUAGGCCCACAUUCAAGUGAGGAAGAUGUCACGGAUAUCUAA